ACUUUUUAAUGCUCUUUAUUAACUAUAUAGGUCUAUUAUUGACGUCAGGGAAAUUGAUUUUAAUAUUACAAUUCGCUCUACUAGAUUCUCUUCGAUUUGAGCUAGGUACCUAACCUAGUGAAUCUCCAAGAAAGGAUUGGGACUCAGUAUUGCAUCAUGAUAUUCGAGUUGUUCAACUUGUAAUUUUCCUAAAACUGAUUAAUCACUUCCCCAAAUCCUCCACGAGAGCGGAGAUCCCAUGACCCGAUUCAUCGCCUUGGAGUAGGUAUCCUGGAGAUUUGUCUCGGUUAGCUGCAGACGGACGGCUUUAAACUCUGUGCGCCAGAGAAUAGGACUGCGACGGGAAAUCUGAUGCUGCGCGACGAGGGACAACGCGCUUUCCCCCCCGAAAUAAGUCUCGUGGGCAUGCUAAAAACCUAGUUCUUGCGUGUUUUUGUGCCCGUCUGCAACGCUUGGCUAGAUCAGAUCGGAUGUGAGGGGAGGGGAGGGGAAGUCGAGUGACUACCUAACUACCUAACUUAGAAAAAAGGGUGUCAUCUAUCCAUCCAUCCCGUGAAUGUUCGGAUGGAUUUGAGGAGGGGGAAGACCUUGAUACCGGCUACCUUUACUUACCAACCAUAUCCGAUAGUUUUAGUACGCCUUUCCUAUAUCAUACAUAUGAACAACCGCCAGACCGCACGAAGCGUCCCAGGCGCGCCGCCAUAGCUAUGAAAACCCUCGGCGCCCCAAGACGAGCCGUUAAGUCAUGGCACAUCUUUGCGGUGCUAGCGACGAUAGCGGUCAUCGUCGUCGUAGUCACUCCUACGGCUAUAUUAGUGCCUAGGCGGAAUCGCGACAAGGCUAUCGAGGAGGACAAGAGGACCCCAUCGCAGCAGGAUAUUGCCCGCGUGAACUUGGGAUAUGCGCAGUACCAGGGCUCGCUUGUGGGCCGCGAUGGCGGCGUCGCGGAGUUCCUCGGCAUGCGGUAUGCGGCGCCGCCGACGGGGGAGCGUAGAUGGCGGGCCCCGGUCGAGCCGGAGGUGGAUGAUUCGGGGGAUCGGGUGGCUGAUACGUUCGGCCCAAUCUGCCUGGGCAUCUCGGUACCGUAUCCUAACGACGGAGCACAAGAUGAAGAUUGUCUGUACGUCAACGUAUGGGCGCCGGCUAACGCUACGCUCGACUCUAAGCUACCCGUGUGGCUGUUCAUCCAGGGCGGAGGCUACAUCACCAACAGCAACGCCAACUGGAACGGCACCGCCGUAGUCGAGCGUUCGGCCCAGAAUAUAGUCCUGGUCAACUUCAACUACCGCGUCGGGCUCUGGGGUUUCCUAGCUAGCGAGCGCGUGCGCGGCGGCGGGGCGGGAGACUUGAACGUUGGGCUCCGCGACCAGCGCGAGGUCAUGCGCUGGGUCCGGCGACAUAUCGCGCAGUUCGGGGGCGAUCCGGACCACGUCGUGAUCCAUGGGGCGUCGGCUGGGGCUGGCUCUGUUGCGCUGCAUUUGCUUAUUUCGUAUGCGGAGGGUGACCGGACGCAGCACGGGAACGGCACCAGUAGUAAUAGUAAUAGUGACAAUCUCUUCGUAGGUGCUAUCGGGGAAUCCCCCUUCUUCCCCGCGCAGCCGACCGUCGCGGAUCUCGAGUGGCAGUUCGACCUAGUGCUCUCUCAAACAGGGUGCACCGACGAAGAAGAUCCAAUGUCGUGCCUCCGAAGCAAAGACACCACCACCCUACAACAAUCCGCAAACAUCCCCUCCGCAUUCCCCGGACGCCCGGGUCUUCCCGCCCCAUUACCCCUAUUCUACUGGACGCCCUGCAUAGACGGCUCUCUACUCCCCGACUCGCCCUCCGUCCUCUUCUCCCAGGGCUCCUUCGUCGACGUGCCCAUCAUAAUGGGCACCACCACCAACGAAGGCACGGUUUUCGCACCCGCCGACACCGCCAGCUCAGCCGCCAUGGCGCUGUUCCUCCAGAACAACUACCCGCGCCUCUCCUCCGCCCAAGCCAGCAACUCCUCCUCCAAAUACCCGCAGCAAGCCGCCCUGCCCCUCCACGAGCCCUGGUUCCCCUCCGCGGCAACAGCCUACGGCGAAGCCACAUUCAUCUGCCCGACGAACACCCUACUGACAUCGUAUACCCGGCGCCGGAACAACGCCCGGCGCGCGUGGAGCUACCGGUACGACGUCUACGACGCGAUGAACGCGGCGCUGGGGCUCGGCGUGCCGCAUAUAUGGGAGUCGUGGGCUGUGUUUGGGCCGGAUAGCCAGCGGGGGCCGGGGCGUGGGCCGGCGAGUUAUUAUGGCGAGGCUGCGGCUGUGGUGCCGUGGGUUAUGGACUACUGGAUCUCGUUUGUGCGGACUUUGGAUCCGUCUACGUUGCGGACGCCCGGGGCUCCGGUGUGGGAGUUGUGGGAUGCGGAGGGGGGCGGGGAUGGUAAUGGUAAUGGUAAUGGUACUGCUGGUGGUGGUGGUGGUGAGAGAUUACUCAUGCAAGUGGGCAAUUUCUCGAUGGAGACGGUGCCGGACGAUCAGCGGGAAAGAUGUGAUUUUUGGAAAGGGCUGGCGCCUGCGCUGCAGCAGAGGAGGGGAGUUCGAUGAAGUUUUGGGCAUUGGUUUUUUGAGUAUUCAUGCCUUCGAUAUGAUAACGAUUUACUUGGUUGAUGAUUAUAGUACGGGCAAUUGGAUAAUAUUACGGACGGUAUUCUGAAUAGUAUAUACCAAUAAAUAUAUGUUCAUCGUGUAGAUUUCUACAAGAGAAU